AUGCAUCCUGCUAAAGUGACUGUAUGGUGCGGUUUCUGGGCUGGCGGCGUAAUCGGUCCAUAUUUUUUUGAGGACGCUAUGGGCAACGCGCUUACGGUCAAUGGAGAUCGGUAUCGCGCCAUGAUUAAUGAUUUCCUGUGGCCUCAACUGGACGAUAUGGAUCUAACAGACAUCUGGUUCCAGCAGGAUGGCGCUACGUGCCACACCGCACGCGCAACGCUAGAUUUACUGCAUGAAAAGUUCAACGGUUUCAUUAUUUCGCGCGGCGGCGAUGUGCACUGGCCACCAAGAUCGUGCGAUAUAACGCCUUUAGACUUUUUCCUGUGGGGCUACGUGAAGUCUCAAGUGUAUGCGGAUAAGCCAGAAACAAUUGCAGCAUUAAGGGCCAACAUCAUUCGCGUCCUCGGACAGGUAGACGCUGAAAUGUGCGGAAAAGUGCUCGAAAAUUGGACCAUGCGAAUGCACGCUGUACAGCGCAGUCGCGGUGGCCAUAUAAACGAUAUAAUCUUCCAUACUUAA